GUUCAGCUCAAUCCGUUCAGCUCAAUCCGUUCAGCUCAAUCCGUUCGCUCAAUCCGUUCAGCUCAAUCCGUUCGCUCAAUCCGUUCAGGCCAAUCCGUUCAGCUCAAUUCCGUCUCAGUUCGAGCCACCCUACUCUCCUCAGCUCAGCUCCAAUGGCCGACUCUACGUCUGGAAUAGAAACCUCACCUUCGCCGGCACGCAUGCGCACGGUGCAGGCGCUCCUAGACGGGUACUCGAGCCUGUCGGUCGAGCAGCUGCUGGCGCCGCUGUCGGACGACUUUGGGCACUGGGUGCUGCCGGCCAGCCUGGGCAUGCCCGCGCGCACCAAGGACGACUUUGCCCUGCACGCCCGUGGCAUCUUCUCCAUCUUUGACGAAUUCCGAAUGGUGCCCCAGGCCAUCUUCGAGGACGUAGCCCAGGGCGUCGUCGUCGUCCACGCCCGCAUGGAGGGCGCCCUGAAGAGCCGCCGCCGCCAAAACGACCGACGACCGAAGGCCGCAGACGCUGCUGCCAGGGCCGAGGGCAAGGGGAGGAGGCAGGAGAAGGAGGCCAAAACGGGUGGCGGUGGCGACGGGGACUGGACCAACGAGUGCGUCAUGAUGGUGCGUCUCUCGCCUGACGGCGAAAAGGUCGUCGAAAUCCAGGAGUUUGUCGACAGCGUCAAGGCCACCGAGAUGCGCCGCCGCCACGCCCCCAAACACUUCUUCCCCGGCGGCGACGGGCUCGGGAGCGCUGCUGUGGUGGGGAAUGUCCUCCUCUUCAGCUGCCUUGCCGUGGGCACCUUUUAUGGCGUGCGGCGGAUGCUGCAGUAGUGGCCGGCCUCAGGCCGUGUGCGUGUUCGUUGCAUGUUCGAGGGGAGUGUUUGGUUUAACAAUCAUCCUCUAGACUCGUGUAUGUUAUUCGGCUCUUGACUCGUGUAUGUUGUUUGGCUCUUGAAUCUUGCCUUUUGUUUUAUAAUUAAUGCAACUUUCUAUCCCGA